AGAUCCGGGCUGGUCCUCUCGACUGGCUCGUUAACUCCACCUCUUAACGUACUCCGGCACCCUUCUUCUCCUCCGCCGUUCUCUCUUUGAUGGCAGCCGAUGUCUCCAUUUCUUCCGUCUUCUUCGCUCUUUUCUCGACUCGGAGGUUGAAUUAAAUCCCUCUUUCUGAGAUUUUUUCUCCCUCUGACUCUUAUGAAGCUCCAGUUGUAAGAAGAUCUGGUGAAAGCGGGGUCAUGUACCCAGCUGAGCCUCUUGAUGCAUGUACUCCAUUGAAUAAUAAAGUGGUCAAUGAUUCAAGAUCUUCAUUUGCAUUAAUCAUAAGAGGAGGAUGUCAUUUUGAUGAAAAAGUUAGGAAUGCACAGAAUGCUGGAUUUAAAGCUGCUAUUAUGUAUGAUAAUGAAGAUCAUCCUCUAGUAUUUGCAAUCGGAGGAAGCCCAGAUGGCAUCACUAUACCGGCUGUCUUUGUAUCUAAAGCAUCUGGUGAGGCACUUAGAAAGUAUGCAGGUCUUACAGACAUGGAGUUGUGGAUCUUACCAAGAACUAAGAACUUAGAAUGGUUUAUUAUGGCCAUCUCUUUCAUAUCUUUACUUGCGACGGUAAUUGGGCUAGCUGUAUGUCUUUUUGUGCAUAGACAGCAUGGUAGACAUGAACGGUCUAGAGCUUCUGAAAUCCAUGGGAUGAGCAGUCGACUAGUGGAAGCAAUGCCAAGCCUCAUAUUCAUAUCAGCGUCAGAAGAUAAUUGCACUUCACAAACAUGUGCUAUUUGCCUAGAGGACUACAAAGUGGGGGAGAAGCUUCGUAGGCUGCCAUGUCAUCACAAGUUUCAUGCUGUCUGCGUUGAUUCUUGGCUCACUGCAUGGAGAUCUUUUUGUCCUAUGUGCAAGCAAGAUUGUAAUUCGAGCACAAUAUAUAUUCCAGCUUCUGAGUCUACUCCAUUACUUUCUUCCAUCUCCUCAUUUCCCUCUUCCUCUGCUAGAUCUUUAGCAGCAUCUCCCCCUACCCACAGGAUUUGACAUACUAUAUUGUUGCCGAUCAGUUUGAGCUAUAGGUACUGAUGUUGAAGUAGGUGAAUGAUGUUUCAGCAAAAGAAAAAAAAAAGAGUUGGUGAAUGAUGCCUAAAACUCAUUUAUAGUUAGUUAUCUGUGGUGGAGCUCAGGCCCUGAGAGCAAAUCUUUGUCACGAAGGAUUUGGUAUUUAACCAAGUGAAUACUUUAUAAGUUCUUGCAGAUAUUAUGCCAGUGACUAUAUUUCUUGCCA